AUGGACAGCCCUUACGCCUCCAGCACCAACCCGUCUUCGGGCUCUGCGCCUGAUAAUGCCCCUCAGGCUAAUGAUUAUCGGAUCCGACGUCGAGCCCAGGAAAGUUUGAGGGGGCCUGGCGCUUCCGAAAAUAGGUCCAGCCCAGCGCCUGAGGAUCUAGAGGAUGUCCCGCUUGAGGAUGACAACUCUGACCAGGAAGAGCGUGAGGAAGGGUACGACAUCCUCGACGGGGCGCUCGUUCGAGGGGCGAUGCAUCGAGAUCGCUCCAUGAACGAACUCGCCCCUGACGAGGACUCUGAUGACGAAGAACCCUCAUCGGAGGAGCUCCAGUUCGACGACGCUGGAGUGGUAGGGUACUUUGGCGCUGCGAUGCUCAGCGAGACUGAAGAGGCGCAUAGCCAGAGCACCUCUCAGAUCAUCCAGAACCCUUCUGGCACAAGCGUCCCUCAAGGAGUUCUUGCUGCAACCGCACAGAUUGCGCAGAACAACCUCGUUAGGUCAUACGACAACCUUGCCGGCGGGCUCACCUACACUGCCCAGCGUGCCCAAGAUGCCCUGGCGACCACUGCCCAGGCAGGGGGCCAUCUAGCUCAAGGGGCCCGGCAUGCUGGCAAUGGUGUCGCGAUUUGGGCUCAGGAACGAUGGCCCAACAUGCCUCGUGUACUCAACCGUAGGGUGUUGGGUUCUCUGGCCGAGAUUGUGAUGGAGGGUGUUCAAGCCUUGCCACCUUCGGACUCCAUCAUUCGCCCACAAGGACGGCGAUGA